GCUAACGGUUUCCGGUAGUGGCAGCCCCCGAGGGGUCGGAGGAAAGAGGCGACCGGGACCCCAGCAGCGACGGCGAGAUGCUGGGCUACGGGGCGUCCGAGUUGGAAUCUAUAGAGGGCGAAGAGGCCGUGGAGGCCCCGGGACCAGCCCCGGAGCCGCGAGCCCCGGAGCCGCGAGCCCCAGAGCCCGAGCCGGGCUUGGACUUGAGCCUGAGCCCGAGCCCGUUGCCCGAAAGUCCGGAGCGGCGGGGCGGCAGCCCGGGACGGCGGAAGGGGCUGCGGGGCGGCGGCCGGAGGGGGCGGCAGGUUCGAUUCCACCUGGCGCCGCCCUCCCCGGUCCGCUCCGAGCCGCUGCUCGCGGCCGGUGCCCCAAGCGACGAUCCCGCGGCGCCGCAGCCGCUGGAGGUGGCGGCCCCGCAGAGCAGCCUGGCCCUGAGUCUGGAGCUGCAGAGCGCGCGCGCCGCCGUCGCCGGCGGCCAGUUUGAUGCCGCGAAGGCGGUGGAGGAGCAGCUGCGAAAGUCGUUCCAGACCCGCUGCGUCGUGGAGGAGACGGUGGCGGAGGGGUUGAACGUGCCGCGCUCUAAGCGGCUCUACCGAGACCUGGUGAGUCUGCAGGUGCCGGAGGAGCAGGUUCUGAACGCGGCACUGAGGGAGAAGCUGGCCAUGCUGCCACCGCAGCCCCGAGUCCCGCCGCCCAAGGAGGCGCUCGGGCCGGGGCCAGACAUGACCAUGCUGUGCAACCCAGAGACUCUGUAUUAUGAAGCUCCGCACUUGACAGUGGACGGACUGCCCCCGCUAAGGCUUCAAGCCCGGCCCCGCCCUUCAGAAGAUACCUUUCUCAUGCACCGGAUGCUGAGGCGCUGGGAAGCUUAGCCCUCAACUCUGUAGUGCUAGUCUGUACUUUUGUUAAAGUUGUUUCCUCAUAGAAUAAAGUUAUUUCGUUUUUUUAAAAAAA